GUGUUUGGACAAACAAUGGUUCUCAAAAUAUGGUCACAUGAACAAAUUAAAGGAGCUCUUUCUUCACCCUUUUCUCUAUCUCUUUUCUUCCUAGUAAGUGUGCUGAUUGUGUUUAAGUUUGCAAUUAGAAAAUCCAAAACCAAUAUAAAUCAGCCUCCGUCUCCACCGAAACUUCCGAUCAUCGGUAAUCUUCAUCAGCUAGGCACACUUCCAUACCGUUCUCUUCGAAACCUAUCACACAAAUAUGGAAACAUAAUGUUAUUGCAAUUAGGACAAAGACAAACUUUAGUGAUUUCAUCAGCAGAUAUAGCCAUGGAAAUCAUGAAUAACCAUGAUCUAGCUUUUUCGAACCGAGCCCAAACUAUAGCUUCAAAAAUCAUAUUUUAUGGAGGAACGGAUGUUGGUUUUACACAUUAUGGAGAAAAUUGGAGACAAAAAAGAAAAAUAUGUGUCCUAGAACUUUUGAGCAUGAAAAGUGUACAAUCAUUUCAUCAAAUUAGAAAAGAAGUAGUUGAGGAAUUGGUGAGUAAACUACGUGAAGCUAGCUCAAAUGAUGCAUGUGUGAAUUUAAGUAAGUUGCUUACUGAAACUACAAACAAUAUUAUUUGUGCAUGCUCUCUUGGAAGGAAAUAUGGAGGAGAUAGUGACAAUAGGGUAAAAGAAAUAGCAAGGAAAGUCAUGCAUCAUCUUUCAGAAUUUGUUGUUGGAGAUUACUUCCUUUUGUUUGGUUGGAUUGAUGUUCUUAGUGGAAAAAUUGGAAAAAUUAAUGACACUUUUCGAGCAAUUGAUGGUUUGUUUGAUGAGGUGAUUGAAGAGCGUUUGCAAAUAAAAAAGACAGGAAAUGAUGAAAUCAAGAAUAAAGGGUUCAUUGAUAUUCUCCUUCAACUCCAAAAGGAUGAUGGCAUGCUUGGCUUUCGGCUCUCCAAUAAUGAUAUCAAAGGGAUUCUAGGGAACAUGUUUGUGGGUGGAACGGACACAACCGCAACAACAUUAGAAUGGGCAGUUUCAGAGCUCAUGAAACAUCCUACCAUAAUGAAGAAAGCACAAGAAGAAGUAAGAAGAGUUGUAGGCAAUAAAUCAAAAGUAGAAGAAAAUGACAUCAAUCAAAUGCAUUAUUUAAAGUGUGUAGUGAAAGAAACUAUGAGAUUACAUCCAUCUCUUCCUCUUUUGGUUCCUCGAGAAACAAUAUCUAGCGUGAAACUAAAAGGAUACGACAUUCCUGCAAAAACAACGGUAUAUUUUAAUGCAUGGACAAUACAAAGAGACCCUAAAUAUUGGGAAAACCCUGAAGAGUUCAAGCCAGAGAGGUUUGAACAUAACCAAGUUGAUUUUAAAGGUCAACAUUUUCAGUUUAUCCCAUUUGGUUUUGGGAGAAGGGGGUGUCCUGGAUAUAAUUUUGCAACAGCUGUUGUUGAAUAUGUGAUUGCUAACCUUCUUUAUUGGUUCGAUUGGAAACUACCUGAAACAAAUGAAGGUGAACAAGAUAUAGAUAUGAGUGAGAUAUUUGGAAUGGCUCUUACAAAGAAAGAACCACUUCAACUCAAACCAAUAUCAUUUUUAUUUUAAUUUACUUCAAUUCAAUUCCAAGUGUUUCGUGGUCAAAGUGAUUGUCUACAUUGUUGUAACUUUAAUUAUUUUCUCUUUGUAAGGUCAAAGUUUUCUUGUGUGCUGGAUGCAUAAGAGUUAUAUGAAGUGUUAUUCUCCAUCUUCUUAAAUUUAUAAAAUAAAAAUAUCAUAUGUUUAGGUA